UAGAGAUUUCUUAGUCAACACGUAAUUUCUUUGAGGAUUGUCAAUGCAUUUCCACCAAGAAGGUGCGAAGACUUACAUACUUUUAGUGGCAAUCAAGAGAAACGAUAUACCCUCAUUUAGCCAGUUGGUCAAAAAAAGCAAAGGAAUUCUUGAGCAGAGAGAAGCUGAUACCUGGAACACACCAUUACACCUUGUGUCAAAGUUUGGUCAUGCUGACAUGGUGUCUGAAAUUGUCGCAUUGCGCCCUGAUAUGGUUGCUGCCGAGAAUAAGGGCCGGGAGACUCCUGUUCAUGAAGCUUGUCGAAUAGGGAAUGCUGAGAUCUUGAAGCUGUUACUAUAUGCCAAUCCUGGGGCAGCUCAUAAGCUUAAUACCGAAAGGAAGAGUGCCCUUUUCCUGGCUUGCAGCUGUGGCCAUGUUGAUGUGGUGAAUGUCCUACUGAAGGAGCCUGGGAUGCUGGAUUUGCUUGAAGAUGGAAUUGAUCACACUUGCAUUCAUGCAGCCGUGUCCGUUGGACACAUGGAUGUUGUCAGAGAAUUGUUAAGUGUUUGUCCUGGCCUUGCAAGGAGAAUUGAUGAGAAUGGAAACUCGCCAUUGCAUUGUGCAUCUGAAAAAGGACACAGAGAGAUCACCUGGGCGCUCUUAAGGCUCGAUACAAAACUUGCUCAGCAAUACAAUAACAGUGGUCACACACCACUGCACUUGGCAACAAUAAACUACAAAGCUCCAGUCAUUGAAGGGUUUGUCCUCAUAGCUCCUGCAUCUUUUCAGUUAGCCACAAAAGAUGGAGAGACAGUGUUUCACUUGGCUGUGAGAUAUGGCCGAUAUGAUGCUUUGGUUUUCUUGAUCCUUAUCUGCAAUGGUAUGAAUCUCUUUGGUCGUGGAGAUCGUUAUGGAAACACCAUCUUACAUCUUGCAGUUUAUGGAGGACAACAUCAGAUAGCAGAGUACAUCCUCAACAAGACACGGGUGGAGAUCAACUCUUUAAAUUGCAGAGGACUCACAGCACUUGAUAUUCUUGACCAGGCAAAACAAAGUCAAGAAAAUCAGCAUCUUGCAGCAAUGUUCAUGAAAGCAGGAGGUAAAAGGAGCAUGGAGUUGUUAUCUCAAUCAGGAAAUGCUAGAGGCCAUGCAGUGACUCUCCUUGAUAACACACCAAAAAGAGCCCAAUUCGUUACGAAGCAUGAACUGCAGUUGACCACUAAGAAUCUUGAAAUAGGUUCUUCCCCUGCAUCAUAUUCCCCAUCUAGUUUUACAUCACCCAUUUCCAGGAACUCAUCAAGCUUGCCAUCACCUCAGUCUAGCCGGUCAUCGCCUUAUCUGCCAUCACCCCAGACUAACAACUCUUCGCCUCAACAUCCAGUAAAAAAUGUAUUUGACAAUAAAGCUCAAAUGCCAGACCCUGUCUUGUCUCCCAUGGUGACACAACACAGGUUUCCUAGUGAGAAUUUACUGGAACCCCGAAGGAAGCAUCAGAAGGCACAUAGAGAGGCGUUACAAAAUGCCAGGAACACUAUAAUACUAGUUGCUGGUUUGAUCGCCACAGUUACUUUUUCUGCUGGUAUCAACCCUCCUGGAGGUGUUUAUCAAGGGGAACUGAUGACAGGGAAGUCAAUUGCAAGCAAAACAACAGCUUUCAAAAUCUUUGAAAUAAGCAAUCAUGUUGCGCUAUUCACGUCACUCUCCAUAGUGGUUGUGGUAGUCAGUAUCAUCCCAUAUCGGAGAAAACCAUUGACAAGACUAUUGGUGGUUGCUCACAAGGUCAUGUGGGUAGCUGUUGCAUUCAUGGCAACAAGUUAUGUUGCAGCAACAUGGGUGAUCCUGCCCCAUAAUGAGCGUGAAGAAUUAGUGUUUGUAGCUUUACUGGCUGUGAGCAUUGGCAGUUUGGGAACAGCUUUUAUUGGUCUUACUGUGAUGCUAGUUAAUCACUGUUUGAAGAAAUCGAAGUGGAGAAAGGAAAGAAGAGAAAGAGGAGAGGCUAAUGCAGACCUGGAAACGGGAAGCCAAAAUUCAGACAUUGAGAGCACCAACAAGAAGGGAUAUCACUCAUACUGAAUGUUCCAUCUUCCAAAAGAUUUACAGGUAUAUCUUGGUUUCCAAGUAAGAACGCACUUGAUUUCUAUGAGAUUAGUCAUUUGAUAAGUUUUUUUUUUGUUCUUUAUACCAAAUAUGGUCAUGGGGAAGCUGUGAGGCCUCGGACCAAAAAUAAAAAAGAAGCUGUGAGGCCAAGUAUGUUAGAUUGUGUUUUGCACUGUAUUCUUUCCUCAUAUGCUUUGGAAGCUUAAUGAUUGAAAGCAGCCA